AACCCUUUGUCUGUGGGACGCUGAGCCUGGCAAUCAUAUCUACUCCUGGAAGCGUUGCCUGGUGACUCCGCCCGGGAUGGGGGUGGGGACUGUGCACCGCGUGGAGAGCUCGACUGAGAAUUAAAGUGAGCGAACAAAGAGAACUCCCAGCAGCCGCCCGCCAGCGCCUCGCAGCUGCACCAGGAGACCUCGGUCACACCCGGAAGGCUGUUUGCAUCCUUCUGCCCGUGAAAACAGCUCAAGUGAAAAAUUGAUGGAGAUUGAUCGAGCCCAGGACAAAGCUUUGCAGAAAACUAGUGCAUCCGAUUUCGAGCGAUUUUGGAAUCAUCUGCCAAGUACGGGAUACAGGAGUGCAGCGAGGACUUUGAGCUUGGCUACGGAUCUUCCCUCUCGGGCGUGGCUUCGGCCUUUUUGUCUUCUUGCUACCCCUCACCCCUUCCCCUGUCCCCGCCUUCUCUUUCCUCUAGAAAGUAGCCUCUCUUUGGUUACUUCUACCCUCUCCUUCUUUGCAAUCCCGCCCCCUCCCUUGCCCAGUGCAGUGAGGUCAGCUCAUGAAUAUCAGUGCACUUCCUGGGGAGCGUCUGGCACGGCUUGGUACCUCCCGCGGUCGCCGGCUCGCAGCAGCAGCCCUAGCCCAGCCUCGGACUGCCGGGAAGUAACCUGCUCUGGGGGCCAGAGUCUGCACCGUAACGCCAUUGUUUGGGGAAAACCACUGGGUGUGGAACUGGGCCGAGUGGGCCCAAAGUCGUGCUCAGACAGAAAGUCGAAUACAAUGCUGUGAAGUUAAACUUUCCUCGUCUCUGAAAGACACAAUAAAUGCUGAGGUCACCGGAAGAUCAAAAGGAAAGCGCUGCUGAUUUGCAUCAACUUCGAAACAUCGCCUCUGCUGAGAAACUAAAAAAGAAGUUUGGUGGCAGUGAGGAGGGAAGAGAAUGAUCUGGUAAUGGACCAUUGUAAAUCGCAUCUGGUAGAUCAGAUCCUUACUAGACAACCAUGAGUCAGCCACCGACCGGGGGCGCUGCCCCUGCCACAGCCGCAGGUCCUGUCGCCACCGCUGCCACUGAGGCUCGUCUGCACCCGGAGGGCAGCAGCAGAAAGCAGCAGCGUGCUCAAUCACCAGCCAGACUGAGGGACAAUUCGGUCCGACAGGCAACCACGGCCACCCGGUCCCCAGUGGGGGCAGGCACUAAACUCAAUUCUGUCCGGCAGCAGCAGUUGCAACAGCAGCAGCAAGGCAACAAGACCGGGGGCCGUGGGGUGCCUCCGGCCGCCACCCGAGGAAGCGGAGGCGGGGCGGAGAAGGCGGUGCCACCCGCUCCCAAAGGGGCCGGGUCGGGAGCUGUCCAGCCCGCGGCUGGUGCUGAAGCGGCCCCCGCAGCGACCCUGGCCUCGGUGGGCGGCAGGAGGCCUGGUCCGCCUGAGGAGCAGCCCCGGGAGCUAGAGCCAGUGUCCUCUAAACUCGGGGAACCCCCUCCACUAGGGGAAGGAGGAGGAGGGGUUGGGGAAGGAGGAGGAGCCGGCGGCGGCUCCGGGGAAAGGGAGGGGGGCGUUCCGCCGCCGCCCAGGAGCUGGCGAGGGAAAGGAGGACGCGCUCCGCACAGAGGCGGCGGCGGCGGCGGCGGCGGUGGGGAGGGGGCCUCCCCUUCGCCAUCCUCCGUGGUCAGAACCCCAGGCCCCAGCAGUAGGAACUCCGGAAGUGGCGUUGUGGGGGGCAGCAGCAGUGGGGGAGGGAGCUACUGGAAGGAAGGAUGUCUGCAGUCUGAGCUCAUCCAGUUCCAUCUCAAGAAAGAGCGGGCGGCAGCUGCGGCGGCCGCGGCUCACACACACACUAAGAACGGCGGCGGCGGCGGCAGCCGCAGCUCCCCGGUCUCUGGCGCCCCCGCCAUUGGCGAAUCUCUUGCAGUCCCUUCCUCCUCCCCGAUGGCGGCAGCAGCGGAGGGACCCCCGCAGAGCGCAGAGGGUGGCGCGGGCGGUGGGGGCAUGCAGGCGGCGGCGCCCCCUUCAUCGCAGCCGCACCCGCAGCAGCUCCAGGAGCAAGAAGAAAUGCAGGAGGAGAUGGAGAAGCUUCGAGAGGAAAACGAGACUCUCAAGAACGAGAUUGACGAGCUAAGGACCGAGAUGGACGAGAUGAGAGACACUUUCUUCGAGGAAGAUGCCUGUCAACUGCAGGAAAUGCGCCACGAGUUGGAGAGAGCCAACAAAAACUGCCGAAUCCUGCAGUACCGCCUCCGCAAAGCUGAGCGCAAAAGGCUCCGCUACGCGCAGACCGGCGAAAUCGACGGAGAGCUUCUGCGCAGCCUGGAGCAGGACCUCAAGGUUGCAAAGGACGUGUCUGUGAGACUUCACCAUGAAUUAGAAAAUGUGGAAGAAAAGAGAACAACAACAGAAGAUGAAAAUGAGAAACUGAGGCAGCAGCUUAUAGAAGUUGAGAUUGCAAAGCAAGCUUUGCAGAAUGAAUUGGAAAAAAUGAAGGAGCUAUCCUUAAAAAGAAGAGGAAGCAAAGAUUUGCCGAAAUCUGAAAAAAAGACUCAACAGACUCCCACAGAGGAGGACAAUGAAGAUCUGAAAUGCCAGCUGCAGUUCGUGAAAGAAGAAGCUGCUUUGAUGAGAAAGAAAAUGGCCAAGAUUGAUAAAGAAAAAGACAGAUUUGAGCACGAGCUCCAGAAGUACAGAUCCUUCUAUGGAGAUCUGGACAGUCCUUUGCCCAAAGGAGAAGCUGGGGGACCUCCCAGCACCCGGGAGGCUGAGCUCAAGCUGCGGCUGAGGCUGGUGGAGGAAGAAGCCAACAUCCUGGGCAGGAAAAUCGUGGAACUGGAGGUGGAGAACAGAGGCUUAAAGGCGGAACUGGAUGACCUGAGAGGCGACGACUUCAAUGGCUCGGCCAACCCGCUCAUGAGGGAGCAGAGCGAAUCCCUGUCAGAGCUUCGGCAGCACCUGCAGCUGGUGGAAGAUGAGACGGAGCUGCUGCGGAGGAACGUGGCCGACCUGGAGGAGCAGAACAAGCGCAUCACGGCGGAGCUCAACAAGUACAAGUACAAGUCCGGUGCCCACGACAGCGCGCGGCACCACGACAGCGCCAAGACCGAGGCCCUGCAGGAAGAGCUAAAGGCAGCGCGCCUGCAGAUCAACGAGCUAAGCGGCAAGGUCAUGCAGCUGCAGUAUGAGAACCGCGUGCUCAUGUCCAACAUGCAGCGCUACGACCUGGCCUCGCACUUGGGCAUCCGUGGCAGCCCCCGUGACAGCGAUGCUGAGAGUGAUGCAGGCAAGAAGGAGAGCGACGACGACUCGAGGCCGCCACACCGAAAGCGCGAAGGGCCCAUCGGUGGCGAGAGCGACUCCGAGGAGGUGCGCAACAUCCGCUGCCUCACGCCCACGCGCUCCUUCUACCCCACGCCUGGGCCCUGGCCCAAGAGCUUCUCUGACCGGCAGCAAAUGAAGGACAUCCGCUCGGAGGCCGAGCGCCUGGGCAAGACCAUCGACAGGCUCAUCGCUGACACGAGCACCAUCAUCACUGAAGCGCGCAUCUAUGUGGCCAACGGGGACCUGUUCGGACUGCUGGACGAGGAGGACGACGGCAGCCGCAUCCGUGAGCACGAGCUGCUUUACCGCAUCAACGCGCAGAUGAAGGCCUUUCGCAAGGAGCUGCAGACCUUCAUCGACCGUCUAGAGGUGCCCAAGUCCACGGACGACCGCGGCACCGAGGAGCCCAUAUCCAUGUUCCAGCCUAUCAUUUUACUUAUUCUCAUUCUUGUAUUAUUUUCAUCACUUUCUUACACAACAAUAUUUAAACUUGUCUUCCUUUUUACACUGUUCUUUGUACUGUAAAUCUUUCAUCAUUCACCAUUCAUUGUAGUAUUUUUGGUUUGUUUAUUUUGUUCACCCUUCAAGACAAGAAGUAAAAGAAGUAUACUUUCUGUAGUAACCAAUGCUAUAAAAACACUGAAGACUGCUUAAUUUCUUUAAAAAGACCCAUCUUACCACUAGCAAAUUCAAUAAGAAGCCCAAGCACUAAAAUAUUUCAGGUAAGGAAGUAAGUGUGACUUUUUUUAUAAAUCAUUUUAAUUUUUGCUUCUGUCUUUUUCAUCUUAAUUUGUACUCUUCUCAAAAAAUAAUUGGCAGAAUGACUGUAAAAAUUGGCUAAAUCUCUCAGUUGUUUCUCAGUAGUUACCGAUUCUGGUCAUUCAAAGGCUGGACAUUCACAAAUUGGGUACAUCUCCAAAAAUUAUGUAGGUGUGUAAACUACUUUUACUAGGUUACAUCAGACUAACAGGAUAAUUUUGAUAUCUAAUAAAUAUCUACAAAAAUUUUGGUGAAUGAAUGAAAUGCGACCCUCAUGCAAACUAAGUAAUUAAUUGUUUGUAGUGCUGAUGGUGUUCUGUCUAAAGAGAUGAGUUUUGAAGCACAAGAGUGAAUUAGUUCAUUGAGAAAAUAAUUAUCCCCAUCCUACUCCAUUUGACCAGCUUGCCACCAAACCAGCAUUUCUACCUUUACCUGUUACCCUGGGAACCAUAUGUUGCUAAUCAGGUUGGUUGCCUGGAGUCCUGUCGUCUAGAAGACAUUAUCAUACAGAACUGUUUCUGGAGCAGGAAAUAGUCUAGAAUUAUAAUAUGUGAAAUGUUUUCAUUAAGGAAAUAUAUAAUCAUUCUCUAGAAUUUUAAUAAAUUGCAGUCCACAUCCAGUAGUAUAGUUCCAAUAGGGGUUACUCUCUCUCUAUAUAAACUUGCUUCGUUGAACCACAACCCCCUUCUGCUAUCUGAAGUGGCCUGGGUGGGCUGUGUGCACCAGGCGCCCUCACUGGUCCAUCCCAUUGGCCACUUACCCAGUGGGGAGGUGGAUGGCACCAGUGCCACUGAAGACUGAGAAAUCACAACAGUUGUUCAAGUCAUGUACUUGGAAAUACUCUCAGAUUGGUUGGUAGAUAUGAAAAUUUGUAGUAAAGUAUCUUGCAUCUCAGAAUAAGGACUACCAUGUGGAAACUCUCUGCUCUACUACAAAAGUUGGUACUGGUAACCAACUUUUGUGACCUCAUGCCCCAGUGUCUCCAUUUGAGUAUUAAGUUAUUAAAGAGAAACACUUAACAAUAGUUGAGCUUUCUGUUUAAAAUAACUGCUCUUAAUCUCCAUGUUGUUUCCUGUUUGGUUCUUAUUUCAUUUUGUUUUGGAGGGGAGGAGAGGGAGCAAGAAUCAGUUAACCAGAGGUGGGAUCUGUCACUGCGCACUUGAAGAUUCAAAGGCUAGGUAGAACUUCAUGACAAAAAGUAAUGAAAAAACGUAAGUGCUAUAUUUAUGCAACUAUUCAAGCAUUUACUUUUUAAAAUUUUUCAUCUCAGGAAAGCAGCCACUUUAAAAACCAAAAUCUGUCUGUUCGAUCUUUGAUAAGUUUCUAGGCCAGAGGGACUAUUUUGGCAAAGCAAAAAAAAACCAAAACCUGAAAGCAAAUGUUUGAGGUCUGAAAUUUAUCUGAAAUAUUUAUUGCUUUUGGAGCCAGAUCCCCUCAGCUAAGCAGUGAUUCUCAGCUACCUGGACACAUUUGAUAGUAUAUGGAGGUGUUGUGGGUUGUCAUAUGACUGAGAAGCUUUUUUGGCUUUUAGAAGAAAGAAGUCAGAAUUUCAAAUAAUUGUCCUGCCCAAAUUGCUAAUAUUAUUCCUGUGGGCAAAUGUAUGCAAUGCACUUGUUCACUUCAGGAGUAUCAUGGACAUUCACUAGCUUGUGUGGCUCUAAGCUAGAGCAUUUCCACCUUUAUCAUCCAGUCUUAGCCAUGACAAAGCAGUUCCAUUUCCACAGUGGUGAUAGUGUUAGAAAGCUGCUCUUUCAUUAAUACAGGUUCUUGAAACCAACUAAAUCAGAGAAGACGAAUAGGAAUAGUAUAUGACACAAAGGAGAACCAUAAUGAAUAUUGUGUAUGCACAAGGUCACGCACACGGAGACACAGGCACACGUGCACACUGAAUUAAAGCCUCAAGAUUACCCCCCACAGACACACACCUUAACAGACCACCUCUUCAUCAUUAUAUAGCCACCCCUGCCACAAAGCUUCCUUAUUGAUCAGAAAAGCGAAUAUGGUAUCCCUCAGAUCCACCUAGAAUGAUGAAUGCUAACUGACUCCACCCUCCAAACUAAGGUAAAGAGCAUAUACAAGACAUGAGAAAAUGGAGCAAAAAAUGGAGUAUGGGUUCUUUGUCUUUUCAACAGUGUGUGCCUGCAUGUAUGCACACAUACCUCUACCGAGCUGUGGUGCACAAUGAGUGACGCAUCAGGGAAUCCAGACCUACCUCUAUUGUAGGGGGACUGCUGAGGGCUAGUAGCUGGGAGAUGAUGUCAGCAAUCGACCAGAGGGCAUGAAGUGACCUUGUCCCUUGCCUUAGUCUCCUUGGAACUUCAGGCUGUUCUGUAGACACCCAGGGUUCAGGGUACAUCUCUCCCCUACACCACAGGAUGCUGGCUUGGAAAGAGAAGUGAACAAAGAUGGUGCCCAGGACCUCAGAAAGGGUUUCCAGUAUCAUCUUCCUCUCCCCUUUGAUCCUGUUACUUGCAUUAUCUUUAUUGUCUAAAGAUAGUUGUAAAACAAGAACACCCAGCCUUCUUUGUUCAUCAGGAGGAGAAAAUCCCCCAAGUAGUGAGACAAAGACUCUUCUAUUUGCAGUUUUGAAGCUGUGCUAUUUAAACAUCGUGCUAAAAUAAAUUCAAACAAACCAACCUUCUUGAAGAAAAUUCCCUUGCACACUCAUUCUUGGGUAUAGGAGGAAGUGUCUUUGGUAGCUUUGGCCUAAUUUAAGAAAAAAAAAUCCAGUUGACUAUUUUUAAGCAUAACUAACACAACAAACUCAUAAAGUAAAGGAGAAUUCAGUGUUAAGCCUAGCAUGUGAAUUGGCCUAGAGCAUUAUACGGUUGUGUCAUCAGCUGCCAGUGAAGUUCGGAAUGUCAGUUUGGUAGCUUAGCCUUAACUUCAAAUACUCAUGCAGUGUUUGUAGCUCUGUUCUUACAGACCUGCAGCCCACCUUCCAUCUGGUAGAGGCAUGCAUUGUUGGGUCAGAUACCAUAAAUGAAUGGAAGGAUUGAAGAGAAAAGUGGUAGAGGAUACUAUCAGAAAGUGAGAAAAGUCGACUGUUUUAAACUCCUGGAAUUUGAUACGGUUCAGAAACAGUAUUCGUGAAAACACUACUGCUUAAACCCUAGUUACAACCAGUUAAAGGUCUAAUGAAAGAUAGUUUUGAUUCUGUGUGCGACUUUGAUUUAGGUUGUAGGAGAUGAAGUGAUUGCAUACACACUUGGAUGAAAAUAACAUUUCCUGAGUAGGUCCUGGUGUUCUGAACAGCCUACUGGUAGGGAACUCAUACAGAAUAAGAAAGCUUUAUGGCCUGGACAUGUUAGGAAAACCUUUGUAGUGACUAUAUUAAAUGUGGUGACUAAAUGCUUCUAAAUGGUACUUUUGUGUUGAUCAGCUGGGACAGGAGGACAUGGUGGUCACUAUUUUAAAUGUUGGGCAUUCUGAAAGUGUGCACAAAACCAUCGAAUCUCUAUAAAGGUCCUUUCAAUGUAACAUCAUAAACACCCUGUAGUCCAUACAGUCUCUGCUUAGACACUCACUCAUUCUAAAAUAUUCAUUUGCUGAUUUAAAUUAACUCAGUUGCUGUCCCCCUGAAGUUGUGGGUAAUUAUUAAAAACUUCCAGGAAGAACUUCCAAGUAGAGUAGUUACAAGCGCACUUGAUCAGAGAACGGGGGCAGCAAGUGUAACACUUGCCUCUUAAAAAUAAGGAGAAACUUUAGAAAUUGUCAUCUUUCACUGUCCACUGUUAAGCCAGGCUGUGUUGUCCUAAGAUCAUCUUAUAUUUCAGAUAUUUAUGUUUAAUAAAUUUAAAUGUAUUGACAUUUCCUGGUUAUUCAAUUCUAUUGUUACAAUUAUAAAAGGGUUUUGUUCAUGGUUGUAUGAGUUUUCCUGUAGCUAUUUUUCAAAAUAGGGUACUAUCAAAAUCCAAUAUCUGAAAAUAAAAUUGCAUGAUUUUAUAAAUUUAUAAAGUUUAUGAUAUAAGAAUAGAAAAUCAGUGGUUUCUACUAAUUAUUCAGCCUUUUCAAAAAUAUUCAUGUAACUUCAUUGACUUGUGUAUUAUAAUGUUUCUUUGAAUAUUGUCUGAACCAAAUUCUUGUUUGGGAUAUUUCAAGCUCAGUUUAUUUUUGCUCUUUGAAAAAUUAUUUUUCUUUUAAAUUGUCAGUUCAUUUUAGAUAUAUUAAAUAAAUAAUUGAAGGUUUUAUCUUAAGCCAAAAUAUAUAUUAAGUAAACUGUGAGUUGGCGGACUGACUGCACAACUGAAAAACUGUAACCUUUCAGACAAGCUUAGAGCCCUGACUCACCUCACAGAAGGCAACGCGGCCCUGAAGGACUCAGGACUGCGCAGCUCCUUCGGGAGCCGUACUGUGCUGCACGCCCCGUGACGGAGCUCGGGAGGUUACUGGUUCUGAAAAUGUUGCUUUACAAAUUUACUUUCUGUAGUCUUUUCUGAGUGUAAUGAGUUGAGCUGCUUAUGUAAUCUAUGUUAACAAA